CAAAUGAAGUUCAAGAACUCUGACAGCAAUUUGAACUAAGCAAAAAAGUGUAGAGCAGUUUUUUAUUGCACAUCUAUCUAACUAUAGAGUGUGUGUUCGUACAAUUUCGUAUGAAAAUGCAACUUUAUGAGCAAAAAUGAUUGAAUAAUAGUACUGUAUCAUUUUAAAGUUGCCCAUAUCUCACCCCUUUUGGCUACCUGUCAUCUUCAAACAUUUAAUGAGGAGCUCUGAUAACUCUACCUCAUAUAUAUAUAUAAACCCAUUCUUCACCUUGUACUCUCAUCCAAAGAUACAUCCUCUCAUCACAACAUUCUAUCUAUCUUAUCUAUAACUUAUUAUAUAUCAAUCUUCUCCUCCUACUAAAAUGAAGAGCAAGUUCAUCAAGUCCUGCGAAAAGAAACUGAAAAUGAUGACAUGCAAAGUCAUACCCCCUUGUACGUUUUGCAAGACAUGCUGCCAAAGAAUUUGCUGGGCGUUCAAGAAGAAAGCUGAGGUGAUACCAAAGGAUGUCCCCAAGGGACACUUGGUUGUCUAUGUAGGUGAGGAGUCCAGGAGGUUUGUGAUAAAGAUCAGCUUGCUUACACACCCACUCUUCAAGGCAUUGCUGGAUCAAGCACAGGAUGCUUACGGUUUCAGUGCUGACUCCAGACUAUGGAUUCCAUGCGAUGUGAGUACCUUCCUCCAUGUUGUCCGUUGCGCUGGUGCUCCACGGCGUCAGAACAAGUGCAUGUGUAUCUAGGAAGGUUCUUGCACAGGGAACUCGAGACAUUCAUUGAUUUAUCCGGGCCCACGUUUCCCAAGAGAAUGUUGGUUAAUGCUAAGCUAUUGCACUACACUAAGAAUGUAAAACUUUUUGUAUUGAAUGUCAAUAAUUCAGCUGGGAGAAAAUGUUAUUAGCUAAAUGGCAAGCAAUAAACUCAUUUAAAGUUAUGUAUCAUGUAUCACACUUCUCCAUCUCCAAUGAUACACAUGAAGCCACUAAUGCCAGAGCUUGUUACUCAAUGGAACACAUAAAAACAUGAAAAGUGACUGAAGAAACAUACAAGAGAGAAAGCACAUAACAGUUCCACCUUCCCACACAUCUCAAGACAAAGGCCGAGCCAUCUUGAGAGCAUUGUAUUGCUCCGGGAACACGUUUGCAAAACAUAUGGCAGAUUCGGGCACGGGCAUGAAUGGAGAUGAAAAUCAACGUCUAUCUAAUCUAUUAAAUCUGAAGUACAAAAUUUUAUUUACCUAAUUUUAAGUGAUUUCUUACAUCUUUUUCACUCAUUUUUAAAGUAAUGUUAACCACUUAAUUUAUUAUAUUUUCCAACUAAUUCGACAAUAUUUAUUACAGAUAUAUAAAAUAAAACUUACAUAUUUUAAGUGUUUUAUUACAUUUUUUACAUAUUUUUUUCACUCUUUCUAAUUACUUCAUUAAUUAAACUUACCAUAAUAAUUUGAUAAAAUUUAAUUUUACGUGUUAACAAUAACAAUUUCACAAGUUUAAAUGAAACUGAUUCAUUUAUGAAAUAAUUCAACCGGUUAAUAUUUUUUUUAUUUGCGGAAUCAGUUAGACAUGGGUAUCAAUGUACUUUGUUGGAUAUUAUAAAUUUUCGGAUUGAGUUCGGACUCGGAUUCUUCCGGGUCCGAAUAAAAAUUUAUGAACCUAAAAAUAUCCAAAUAACUUAUAUUUUUAGGAAUAUCAUCAAAUAAUUUAUAAAAAAGGUAAAAAUUAACACAUGCACGCCAACAUUACUUACCUAAUUUUAAGUGAUUUUUUACAUCUUUUUCAUAAAUCAAGUCCAUAAUAGAAACCACCAAGUUUACAUAAAGAGAUGGUUUAGCUUUUUUUUUCAAUGAGAUGGUUUAGUUUUUGUCGGAGUGCAGUGUUUGCCUCUUAACAAUUUAGUACAGAUGAUCCAAAUGGAGAGAAAAUACAAAUAGAAUUUUAACUGAAUAAAAUAAUAACAAUACUUCGAAUACAAUUAGAGUUUGAAACGUACUUAAACGAAGAGAAGAUUCUAACGCCUAUUGGGAAAGGCAAAAGAAACAUACUCCAUUUUAGUAAU